AUGAUGGCGAUGAAAGACUAUAGUUUUAUAAAUAAAUUUCAUAUAUAUGAAAAAAUUAUGGAGAAUAUUGAAAUUAGAGAGGACGAUCCCUCUAAUGCUAAAUGCAAAGAAUUGUAUAAUGUUGAUUCAGAUAAUGUUAAAUCUAUCAUUAUUAAAAAGUGCCCUCAAGCUAUAUCAUAUUUAAAAACUAUAAAUGAUAAGGAAAAGAGUGAGAGAGAAAUUGCUUGUAACUAUUUUUAUUAUUGGAUAUAUCACGAUAUACUUCAGGAGAAAAAAAUAAUAAAUAGCUAUAAAUUAGCUAUUUAUUUAAUUACUGUAUAUCGUUAUCUUUACAGAAAUAAAAAUAUAUAUGAAAUUUAUACAUCAAAAUUUAGUAAUAAUGAUGAUUUAGAAAAGCUUAAUAUUAUAUAUGAUAUGUAUAAAAAUCAUGAUAUUAUAGAAAGAAGCUGCUUACGUAAAGAUAAAGAUAUUUUUUGCGAUAUAAUUAAAGAAAAGAUAGAUCCAUAUAUGAAGAUAUUUAAAAUUAAUGAUAUUGUUGCUAUUACAGAAGAAGUAAAAACUACUUGUAAAUCUAAUGUAAUCAGUCCUAUCAUAAUUACAUUUGUAGUGACAUCAUUAAUAUCCAUUUUUCUAUUCAUUCUGAUUAAGUUCACAUCGUAUGGUUCAUACAUACGCCUUGGUUUAGAGAGUAUAAAAAAAAAGUGGAAUACACUGGAUGAAUUGAAAAUAUUACAGAAUUCUGACAUACCAAACAGAAUUAAAAUGAAUGAAAGAUAUAAUAUACUAUAUAACGUUGAAUAA